GCUGUAUAUUAUGAAGUUAUUCAACACUAGCGUGAUGCAUACCUUAUUAAUUUUUAAUAGGAGCUCCACCCCCACUCCCCUUUUUGAGAAUUUGAUGGUAAAUGCAGGAAAGACAGCCAUUUUGCACUGUUCCCUUGCAAGACUGGGUAAGGCUGAUAGACAGUUGCCGUAUGAAGAUUAGGUGAAACAAAUUGCUGAUAUAUUCAAUUCUAAACAACAUUUCAUCGUGGCAGUGAAUUCUGGUAACUCCUGACAGCCAUUUGCAAGUUUCAGUGCAAAGGAGCAGAGAGAAGGUGCAAUUCCAGAGGCAACAAGAGAAACACAGGUGAUUGUCAAAGGCACUGGAUGGAUAGCGUGGAGGCUGAAACCCUGUACCUGUCCGUGGAGCAGCAGGGGCAGCACGGGCCGGCCCAAUGCGAGCUUCCCCUCUCUGCCCUGGAGGCUGGAGCCCCGGGCGGAUCGAAGAAGAUGAACGGGACCCUGGACCACCCCGACCAGCCGGACAUAGACGCCAUAAAGAUGUUCGUGGGGCAGAUCCCGCGCUCCUGGUCGGAGGAGCAGCUGAGGGAGCUCUUCGAGCCGUACGGCGCUGUCUACGAGAUCAACGUGCUCCGCGACCGCAGCCAAAAUCCCCCGCAAAGCAAAGUUUCUAGUUGUUGUUUCAUCACAUAUUACACACGCAAAGCUGCGCUAGAAGCACAGAACGCCCUUCACAACAUGAAGAUACUCCCAGGGAUGCAUCACCCCAUCCAGAUGAAGCCCGCUGACAGUGAGAAGAACAACGCUGUAGAGGACAGGAAGUUGUUCAUCGGCAUGAUCUCAAAGAAGUGCAACGAGAACGACAUCCGGCUCAUGUUCUCUCCCUAUGGGCAGAUCGAAGAGUGCCGGAUACUGCGUGGACCUGAUGGCCUGAGCCGUGGCUGUGCCUUCGUCACCUUCACAGCGAGACAGAUGGCCCAGUCAGCCAUCAAGUCCAUGCACCAGUCCCAGACCAUGGAGGGCUGUUCCUCCCCCAUCGUGGUGAAGUUCGCCGACACGCAGAAGGACAAGGAGCAGAAGCGCAUGGCACAGCAGCUUCAGCAGCAGAUGCAGCAGCUCAACGCCGCCUCCAUGUGGGGCAACCUGGCCGGACUCAACUCCCUGGGCCCCCAGUACCUCGCACUUUAUUUGCAGCUCCUGCAGCAGUCUGCCUCCUCUGGAAAUGCACUCAAUAACCUACACCCCAUGUCAGGUCUGAGUGCCAUGCAGAACCUGGCAGCGCUGGCAGCAGCAGCGAGUGGCACACAGGCCACGCCCACAGGAAGCAGUGCGCUGACCACGUCCAGCAGUCCCCUCAGUGUGCUAACCAGCUCAGCGGGUUCCUCCCCCACUUCCAGCACGAACUCCUCUGUGAACCCCAUGGCCUCUCUGGGAGCACUGCAGUCUCUGGCUGCAGGUGCCGGUGCAGGCCUCAACAUGGGCUCUCUUGCAGCAGGCAUGGCAGCGCUGAACGGGGGCCUGGGUAGCGGGGGAUUGUCCAACGGCUCGGCCAGCACCAUGGAGGCCCUGACCCAGGCGGCCUACUCGGGCAUCCAGCAGUACGCAGCGGCUGCCCUGCCCAGCCUCUACAACCAGAGCCUGCUCUCCCAGCAGAACAUGGGCGCCGCCGGCAGCCAGAAGGAAGCAAGUGGCAAUCAGAGCACCGGUCCAGAAGGAGCCAACCUGUUUAUCUACCACCUUCCCCAGGAGUUUGGUGACCAGGAUCUCCUUCAGAUGUUCAUGCCCUUCGGAAACGUCAUCUCGGCCAAGGUCUUCAUUGACAAACAGACCAACCUCAGCAAGUGUUUCGGCUUCGUGAGUUAUGACAAUCCAGUGUCGUCACAGGCGGCCAUCCAGUCCAUGAACGGCUUUCAGAUUGGCAUGAAGCGGCUGAAGGUCCAGCUCAAACGAUCCAAAAACGACAGCAAGCCAUACUGAGCUUUGCCCCCUAAUGGACUUGGUUAGGAAAUGUUUUUUUCUGAUCUCUCCGUGCCCGUUUGUUCAUCGCUUGCCUAGCAUGUCGAUGUGACGUCAAAAGUUCAUCGUCCAGUCCGUUGUCCUCUGCGCUUCUCUGACGCUUGAAAUUUCACCUUUGACCCCUUUUUUGUUUAACUUUUGACGCUUAUUAAUUAUAAUAGUUUUUUGUUUGUGGAUUUUGUGUGUUCAUCUAUGUUGUUGUUUGUGCUGCCAAGGUGCAUUAGAAAGACUGCUAACUCUAUUAAAAAUGUAUAAAGUUAUAUGAGUAUUGUUAAGAGCAAAAAAAAAUAUCUAUUUUUCUAGAACUUCCGAACAUAACCACUAAAUUUUGCAAAAGCGUUUUAUUUUCAUUUUGUCACUUUGAAUUACCUUAAUAGUUUUUUCUUCCGUUUUCUUUUCUUUUAGUACUCAUUUCCAAGCAGUCUUUCCAGUGCCCUGUAUUUUUUUUGUUUCUGUGGUGUCUAAAAGCAGCCAAUCAAUUUAUAGAAUCACCUUUGUGGGUGUGUGUGUUUUGUAUGGGUGUGUUUUUUUCCUCUAUCUCUCCACUUGUUUGUUCUAAAAGAAAGAAAACCUUUUUUAGGAUGUCUUUUUGGUCACAUUUUGCUGAUUCUGAGGGUGAUGUUGUAAUUUUGUGCUAGGUUAGUUGGCAUGGUGUAAUUUGGGAGUUUCCUAUUAACAAGAGUGGGAUCUACACUGCACACAUGACUUGCCUUUUCCUUUCCUCCAUGUGUCGAGCCAUCACUGGCACAUAAUGUUCUUUAUUUUCUUCUUGUGUGAAGCUCACCAUUAGUUUGCAUUUAAAGCACAGAACACAGCACAGUUGAGUUCUUUGUCACUGUUAGCGAAGUAUAUCCGCGAUAUCUAGCAUGCAUGUUUUUUUUUCUUCUCGUAACUGCACUGAAAACUUCAGCAAAAUGUGAUUUUAGUUAAUUUUUUUUAUUUAUUAAUUUUUUUUCAAAAUCUAAACAAAUAAACUAGUGCCAAACGUUUUGCACGUUCCUGUUGGUCACAUUUUUCCUCUCAUGUCGUCACCUGAGCAGUUCCACUGGGUGAGAGAUUGCAGUGAGUUUUACUGUGAUGUGACCGAUCGAAACAGGCAGGCAAUUCAACCCUGUGUGUGUGUGUGUGUGUGUGUGAGUGCGAGAGUGUGUGUUUAAACUCUUGUCCAACGCUCACCCAAAACCACCUCCACCCCCAUAAAGAGGAGUGUGUUUUUAGUUUUGUUUUGUGCUGUGACUUUUUGAAGUGAAGUAUUUGUAUCCUUAUUAUGGUGUGUUCAUUUUUUUUUCUCUAAAAGAUGUGCCUGUGGAGUCUUUCGACCAAAACACACUACUAAUAAUAGCACCAUUUCACCAACACACGUCCUUAUAACGUCUGCAACCAGUUUACAAUUUACUUUCCCAGGAUUCACUCGAUGGCCUUCUAUAUUAGCGAAAUGAGAUUUCAGUUCAGGUGUAUGUAUAUCAGUUUUUCUUCAAUUGAGACUCGAAUCAUGUCAUGACUUUUUUGACUGGUUUAACUGCCACUUUUUUAAGUCAUGCUAUCUGCAGCAAUCAGCUAAUCACUCGACUAAGUCAAGUCUCCCACCUCCUAGUAGUCUUAACACAUUCCCAUAUCCCUGUUAGUACUCAGUGGUCCAGUGUCCGACACUGAUGCAGUUGCCACAGUAAAAUGAGCCGUUGCAGCUUCACAUCACCGAUCAUUGUCAAUUCCACAGCCACUCUUUGCAACUUUUAUUUCUUUUUGUUUGUUUUUUUGUUUUUUUUUACUACUUGUCAUUUCAUCACAGUUGUGUCCUGAAACUGGCAAACAUCUUUUAUUUCUCCUUUUUCUUUUGGACAUCCCACAAGUCAACAAACCUUCUCAUUCGGGAUAGAUGUGGAAGACUUGAGUUGCACGUGUGACAGUGAUGGCAAGCUUUUGUUGUACUGAUAAUUGGAUUUUUAGAUCUUUUCAGUUUAUUUUCAGGUUUUCCUGAUGCUUUUUCUGACUAUAAAUAACCUGUGGGAUUUUUUUUUUUUUUUAUCAUUACUAUUACUGGUACAAAGUGAUUGUAUUUAACGGUAGAAUUUGUACAGUUUUUGCCUUUUCUACUAGGACAAUGUUUCAAAAUGUGAAAUUUAAAUUCAGUUUAGUGAAGCCAUGUAGAUCUUGUCACCAUGACCAAAUUUACGUCUGUACCAUAGAUAAACAAAAAGAAAAACUUAAUUUAAAGAAAUAAUCAAAUUCUGUUAAAUUCAAUUACAAUCUGGUGUCUCUGUUGUUUUUAAGUUGUGUGAUUUUGAUGUGGCAAAUAGAGAAGGAUGGAUUCAUUAGUUGGCCAACAAAAACCAUUUGCUUUUUAAUGUUUUCUGUUGAGACAUUUUUUAUUUUUGAAUGGGAUGAGACGGUUAUCAGAUUUCACAUGGAUGUCUCCACAGGACUACAGCUAAGUGCACACCCAACAAAGCAGUACUUUUGUAAACCAAGUGCGUGAUUCCUUUUUGGUCAAUUUGUUUAUGUACUAUUAAACUGUUUGAGAAAAUCCA